GGUGACAGAUCGACCAGGAUGUUGGGCCCUUCCGAGCUGCUGAAGAAGGUGAGGGAGGCGGGGAUCAUGAAGAUCGCCUUCCUCAACACCAUCUGCAUGGCCCUGUCCAUGGGUACCAUCUCCAACCUGGUCAUCCAGAAGGUCUGCAGUCCCAACCAGCAGCCCUCCAUCAACAACUUCAUCUGCACCGACCCUCAGCUGGUCGCCGAAGCCACAAAGGUGACGAUCACAAAGAGUACCAUAAGAUCUGUCUGCGGCUCCUUGUCAGGAACUUUCUUCGGCUCUUGGCGAGAUUCGACCGGCCUCAACAAACCACUACUCUAUAUCGGCCUCUCUGCGGAACUCUUCAAUGCUCUCCUAUACUCUUUCUCUUCUUGGCAAUGGUCUUCCAGCAUUUGGUUGCCUUCCAUGCUGGACGCAGUAAUUGCCGGACUCUUCGGUAUGAGUGUCUUCCAGUUGGGACUCCACUGUUAUGUUUCCGCGAACACCAAACCGGAGGAGCUCACUUUAAAGCUUCAAUUGAUGCAUACCAUGACAUUCGUCGGGUUUCUCAUCGCUACUCCGUUGCGUGGAAUCAUCCUCACCGCCGUCGGGUACCAAACCUUCUUCUUGAUCACAGCUAGCUUAUACAUCCUGGCGAUCUGUCUAAUAAAUAGCUCGGUCCACGAGGAGCCGAAAGCCGUGGUGAAGAAGAAGGAGUUGACAUUGAUGGGGAGGCUCAAAGCGGUCUUCAGAUCGAGACCGAACAAUGUUGUGAUCUGGGCCAUGAUGAUCAGCAAACCGUUGUACUUUACCUUCUUUCAAGCUGAGCACACAAUCCAUCUCUACUUCAUGCAGCAGGGCUUCGGAUUCACUGUCAAAGAGGAGACUAUUUUCGGCACUUACAGCUUGAUAAUAACCACAGUCGGUUCCAUCGCUUCGCCAUUGCUGUUCACAAAGGUACUGAAGUGGACUGACUUCAGGAUGGGCAUCAUUUGUUGCUCGAUGACUACACUUACAUCAAUCCUUACUGCUUUUGCAUCAACAAAGACUCAUCUAUAUCUCAUUGCUCUGCUGGACAUCGUCAAGUACAACCUCUUCUCCAUCCCACAAGCCAUUCUUAAUAGAUGCAUCAAGAGCGAUGAGCUUGGUGUGUACACGGGAUUCAGUUCGGCGUUGGGUGUGUUUUUGCCUUUCGGAAUCAACUACCUCUACAGCUAUGUCUUUUCUGCUACCUCCAAGACCAUGCCAGGAGCUGUCUAUCUCAUCAGUGCUGUGGGCAACUUGAUCAUCUUAGCCCUCCUUUGUAUCGCACAAGCUUCAUACAUUCCUCAAGAGAAGAAAGAAGAAGAGGAACCAUUGAAUGCAGAACAAAAGAAAACUGAUUGAAUCUUAUACGAUAUCAAAUAUGUCUGAAAAUAUUAUUAGAAAUAAUUAAAAUAACACUAACGCAUUAUAGUGAAAUGAAAUUUGUAAAACCUUAUGUAAAUAAUUGUUAUAUUUAUAUUGUUUCUUUAACUUUUAUAAUUAUGUUUACUUUUGUUUCUGAAUAAUAUUUAAACCACUUAUUUAAUUUAA